AGCGCUGUGCGAUGGCUCAGUUCAACUUCGGAGCGAGCAGCGAGAGAGAAGGAGAAACGAUCCAUGGCAGCGAGAGGCCAGGAUCCUCGGAGGAUCUCAACAAACCAGGGGCGAUUGGGAUGGAAAUGGUGGAGCAGUGGGCGAAGUUCAUGUCAGAGCAAGGGAUCAAGAACAUCCUGUGCUUGUUGAAUGAGGAGGAGCAUACCUUCUUUCAGAGCCCGGGCUACAAGCAGAGUGUUGUUCAAGCUGGAUUCGAAGCGAACAAAAUACAUCUGGUUGAUGUCUACAAGGAGGGAUCUGCUGACGAGAUCGAGAAAGUUCUGAAAGAAGCGAAGAACGCAGGAGAGAAGCUUGUCGUUCAUUGCAGCGGAGGGGAGGGGAGGACUGGCCUUGUCCUUGCCUACUGGUUGACGCUCGACUGUGGUCUCGACGCUGCAGCUGCAUGCGAGCAAACGGUGAAGACUGCUGCCAAGCUUGGAGUUUCGCGCAAACCGAGCGAGCAGAAGUUGAAGAACUUCAUCGCACAGCGCAAGCUGUGAGGCAGACGCGAAGGAAGGGAGACGCACCGAGAGGGGGAGGAACAUUGUUUCUUUGCCGUGAGACUGAAAACGUCUUCAAUGAAUGAUUGGUUGUAUGCCA